UUUGACUUCUCGGGAACAACUUGAAUUCGAGGUGGCGUGAUGGGGUUCGGCUUGGGCUCCGUUCUAAUGAAUCUAGGGAUGCGAUCAGAAUCCGAUCAAGUAUCUGUGGAUGCUAUCACUUUGUUCGUUCUGCUCCUUUGCACUUGUAUCAUCAUUGGACAUCUUCUGGAGAAAAGCAGAUGGAUUAACGAGUCUAUUACAGCCCUUACGAUUGGUAUUUGUACUGGAAUUGUUCUUCUGCUCACCACAGAAGGAAAGAGCUCGCAUAUCUUGGUCUUCAAUGAGGAGUUUUUCUUUAUAUAUCUUCUUCCACCUAUCAUCUUUAAUGCUGGGUUUCAAGUUAAAAAGAAGCAGUUCUUCAGAAAUUUCAUGACAAUUACUCUAUUUGGGGUGGUUGGUACUCUGAUAUCCUUCUUUAUCAUAUCACUAGGUUCUGCGCAGCUGUUCAAAAUGUUGAAUGUUGGCUUCGUGGAGAUGGGAGAUUGUUUUGCACUUGGAGCAAUUUUCUCUGCCACAGACUCUGUCUGCACAUUGCAGGUGCUAAAUCAGGAUGAGACGCCUCUACUAUACAGUCUAGUUUUUGGAGAAGGCGUGGUUAAUGAUGCUACUUCUGUUGUCCUCUUCAACGCACUCCAAAGAUUUGAUCUCUCUCAUAUCACCUCGGGCAUUGCCACACGAUUUGCUGGCAGUCUGUUCAAUUUAUUUUUCACAAGCACGUUGCUUGGUGUAGCUGUUGGUUUACUCUGUGCAUAUAUCAUUAAGAAACUCUACUUCGGCAGGCAUUCUACUGAUCGUGAAGUUGCUCUGAUGAUCCUCAUGGCUUAUCUUUCAUAUAUGAUGGCAGAACUUUUCUCUUUAAGUGGCAUCCUUACAGUAUUCUUUUGUGGGAUUGUGAUGUCACAUUACACUUGGCAUAAUGUGACUGAAAAUUCAAGAGUAACAACCAAGCAUGCUUUUGCAACAAUGUCAUUUAUCUCUGAGAUUUUCAUCUUCUUGUACGUUGGCAUGGAUGCCCUGGACAUCGAAAAGUGGAGAUCCGUAAGCAAGAGUCCAGGCACGUCAGUUGGAGUGAGCACCAUACUGCUUGGCCUAGUUGUCCUUGGGAGGGCUGCUUUUGUGUUCCCCCUGUCCUUCAUUUCCAAUUUAACUAAAAAGUCUCCAGAUGAUAAAAUCAGUUUUAAGCAACAGGUGACAAUAUGGUGGGCUGGGCUCAUGCGAGGGGCUGUAUCAAUGGCACUUGCUUAUAAUAAGUUUACCAGAUCAGGCCAUACGCAAUUGCGAGUAAAUGCUAUCAUGAUCACCAGCACCAUCUCAAUAAUCCUCUUCAGCACAGUGGUGUUUGGGUUGCUGACCAAACCUCUAAUAAGAUUCCUGCUGCCCCUGCGGAAGCCUUUGAGUAGCAUGGCGGAAUCUGAAGCAUCCUCACUGAAAUCUCUUACGUUGCCUCUACUCGAAAUCGGUCAAGACCCGGAAGUUGCUAUGAACGGCCAAAACGGUACAACCCGUCCGAGCAGUCUACGCAUGCUCUUCACAACUCCUACUCACACCGUGCACUAUUACUAGCGUAAGUUCGAUAAUGCUUGUAUGCGUCCGGUGUUUGGAGGGAGGGGCUUCGUGCAAUACAUCCCGGGCUCGCCGAGAGAGACGGUCGUCAGCUGACAAUCCUUUGAAAUACCAGAAAUUUCAUAAUUUUGAUACGCUUCGUUACACAGUGGAGCGACCCCGUGCAUAUAUAGUAAAGGUGGGUCUGAAUGCUCCAUUACACGGCACUCUUUCAGCCUAUUGAUGAGUCUCGAGGCUGAAAAUCCUGGCUUCUUAGGUUAGCAACUAAUACGUGCGGAUGACAGACUAUGAAAAUACUUAUAUUGGGAAAAAGAUGAAGGUAUUGCAGCAAACACGUUUGAGCUUUCUGCUAGUUUUCUGAUGUGGUACCCAAUUUCUGGGGUUGGUCUACCUUCAUGGGAUUCUAGCCCAACAGAGAUGCCAAGUAUUUGAACAUUGGUUUAUAACAUCGUUAUAUCAAUUAAAUAAGCAGCUCCUUAAUAUUCUGUGUCGAA